AUGGCUGCUAAAUUUGAAGUCUUAACAUCUGAUGUUCACAAUUUAAAAACUGAGAAAUUUGAUUUGUUGGCUGCUGAAAUUGAUGACUUAAAAAGUAAAGACUCCUAUGCUAUUGGCGAUGAGCUAAAGAGUGAAAUUAAUCGACUUAAACUCGAAAAUACUUCGCUUCUUGAGAGAAACCUCAAUCUGUUAUGCACUGUCUCAGAUUUUAAUACCAAAAUUAAGGAUUUAGAGAAUGACAAAAUGAGCCUAAUGACAGCCAUUAAGUUACUCCAGGUUGAUGUUAAUGUUCAAGGGGAAACCACAGGAUCUUGGACAGAAAUCAGAAGUAAUAAGAAGGCUGAAUCCAAACAUCCAACGGACAGUUCGAAUGCAAGUAGAUCUUCGGUAAUCACUGUUGACGAUUUGUUCGAUGAUAAACCUAAAGGCCCCUCGGCGAGAGUUAAUACAAACAGGUUUUCCCUACUUAGCGUGGAAGGAACAGACACCAGUGCCAAUGAG